ACAGAUCAAGUUCAAACUAACUAAUUAACGUUUUUUAUUGUUAAUUACCGGCCAUAUUAAAACUAUCCAUUAAUUUGUGUUAGUAAAUCCAUGACAUUGAAAUUGCGCAAGAUUUUAUCGAAUUUAUACAGAAAUAUAUUAUAGGGCGUCGCGCACAUGCCCUUUGGACGCCUGGUAGUAUAAAAACAAGGUUAUGGACGUGUACAUUGUACAUAAACCGUAAAAAAAUUCAAAUGUACCCAUAGAAAUCUUUGGGCAAUGGCAUUGUUAAAGUGUUGCUUUGAUCCAGGAGAAGUGGCCGAAAUGUUCGAUACUUUGUAUCAAAACGACCCUGGAUGCUGUUGCGGUUGUUGUAGCGCCUUCAGGCCUAGAUACAAGCGUUUGGUGGACAGCAUUUUUCCCGUUUACCCGCAAGAUGGGCUGGUCAAAAGCAACAUGGAAAAACUCACCUUUUACUCGCUCAGUUCGCCCGAAAAGACGGACAGAAUCGGUGAGUAUUUGUACCAAAGAGCCGCCAGAGAUAUCUACAGAAAGAAAUACGGAUUUGUCAUUAUUGCAAUGGAAGCUAUGGAUCAGUUGUUGUUAGCAUGUCACGCACCUACUCUCAACCUUUUUGUGGAAAGUUUCCUGAAAAUGGUGCAAAAAUUGCUGGAAACUACUGAGCCGGAUUUGCAAAUAUUAGCCACUCAAUCAUUUGUAAAAUUCGCAAACAUUGAAGAAGAUACGCCCUCUUACCACAGACGCUAUGACUUCUUUGUCAGCAAAUUCUCAGCCAUGUGCCACAGUGGCGACAGCAAAGAAAUCCGCGAUAAAAUCCGCACUGCAGGCAUCAAAGGUCUUCAGGCCGUUGUCAGGAAAACCGUUUCUGACGAUUUGGUGGAAAACAUUUGGGAGCCCGUGCAUAUGGACAAAAUUGUUCCCAGUCUUCUUUUUAACAUGCAAGAUUCCAGCUUUCACAAGGACCAACGUAUUGCUGACGAUGUACAGGAAGAUGGUACCGAUCCGCCUAUGCUGGCUGAGACUUGCAUGCGCGAACUAGUAGGCCGUGCAUCCUUCGGUCACAUCCGUGUGGUACUGCGUCCUGUGCUGCGCCACUUUGACUUGCACAAGUUGUGGGUGCCAAACGAAUUUGCCAUUCACACUUUUCGCAUUAUUAUGUUUUCUAUUCAGGCCCAGUACUCUUACACAGUGGUCGAAAUUCUGAUGGCCCACCUGGACGAAAACGUCAAAUCCAGCGCCACAAUCCGCACCAGCAUCGCCGAAGUCCUAUCGAAAAUCAUAGCGAUUGCGGCUGGAGAAAGCGUGGGCCCCACAGUCCUGGAAAUAAUCAAUUCCCUGCUCAACCACUUGAGAGAUUCUGUGAAAAAUGGUACCUGUCAGGCGGAUGAGAAGCAGUACCAAGAGGCUUUAAUAAAUGCAUUGGGCGAGUUCGCCAACCAUUUGCCUGACUAUCAGAAAAUUGAAAUAAUGAUGUUUAUAAUGAGCAAAAUCCCUUUUCCUCUAGUAGACAACCAAACACCUGCUGAUAAUAUGCUUCAAAGCAUUCUAUUGAAGAGUUUAUUAAAAGUAGGCACCAAAUACCAAACCAUCCACCUCAAUACCACAUUCCCUGUGUCCUUUUUGGAGCCUCUAUUGCGCAUGUCGCUGGCACCAGAUCCAGAAAUGCGUCUUUUGGUCCAGAAAAUCUUGCACACCCUAAUUGACCGGCAUGGUAACUUAGAGAAACUAAGCAAACUGGCUUUGAACAUUGCGGAUUUGGAUUUGAACAUUGAGAAAUCUUCCAGGCCCGAUUUGAUUUUUAUUAACAAACAUGGGCCAAUUAUCUAUGAUGCCCUGUAUACUAGCUUGCAAAUGGAUUCGAAUACUCCAGAGAAUAUUGAGGCUGUUUAUACAACUUUGGCGUUGCUUUGUGUGGAAUUGAACAGUACUGAAACUGUUAUUGAUCUUUUGCAGCUGUUGUUAGGUAUCCAAAGUCUGGCUCUAUCCUCCACUGCUCUAUCUGCUGCUCAAAAAUUCAACCUGCACACUUUGGUUAUUGGCCUACUAGUGCUCAUUCCAGAUGUUGUCAAUAUUCAGCCCUUGUCGGAUUACGCCAAAAGACUAGUGGAAGCGAGAAAAGAAGAGGCUCCUCAUUGUUUGCCUGACAUGUUGAGCCACUAUCCUGGUGAGUGCGAGCCAGCAAAUAAAAUUCCUCACUUAUUGGUGGAUCAGAUGGCCGUUUGCGAUUACUUAAAAGCUUCUGGAAUCGAUUCUUCGCGUCUCAGUCAAACUUCGCCUUAUGGAGCAGGAGGACCAGGUGUAAUAGCUGGCAGUCAAAGACAUAGUUGGAUGGAAACAAGUGCCCGUGGCAGUAUUAUGGAAAUUCAAUCUGUGCAUGAAGUGGACAGUGCUGCCAGUUCCCCAGGACUUGCCAGAAAAAUGCCCGAAGAAGAUCUGACGUUUGAAAGCAUGAAAAAGGUGCUCACUGAGCCAAUAGAAGUACGAAAAGAGGCUGAAGCCGAAAGGCGCAAGCAAAUCAGCCAAGCAUUUAGGACGGCGACAUUCUCUGAACUUGUGCGUAGAACGCAACCCAAACACGACAUUUUGCAGAACAGGCUUAAUGAAAUUUUUAAGUCGUUGAGCGUAACAGAUGCUGGCAAUGUUGAGGAGCCAAAGGGAACUCAGAUACCUACUUAUGAGCAAAAUUUUCCUGAACUAUUUUACUACUAGAGUUGGAUGAUAUAGAUAGAUUUUCAUCAGGCCUGUUCGUACAGCAAUCACAGUUGUUGAAAACUAGUUUUAAAGCCUUAUUUUUGCAAUUUUUGGGCUCAAAAAAUUUCAAUAAUCUGACAUUCUUUUACAAAAUUGCUGAUUACUCGGUUAUUAUUGUAACAAAUAUGAUGUAAAAUUAUAUAUUCUGAAUCAGAAUUAAAUUAUCUUCAAGAUAAAAUAAGAUUCAAUUAUAUAUCUUGGAUACUCGUGAAGAUAUUGAGGUUCAAAGUUGAAACUCUACCUCAAAUUUUGCUAAAGCUUCCAGGUGGAAUAUUUUGGAAAUGAAGCCCUUGGGCUCGGAGUCCCAAAAUAUGGCCCCCUUAAGAAAAGUUCAAAUUUUUAAAUUUUCAGUUUUUCCAAUUUCUAUACGAACAGACCUUAUAAAUGAGCAAUUUGAUGUGUGAACCCCACUUUAUCUAAUAGUUGAAGAAGUUUACUAUUUAAAAAUGAUUCUUUAGGUAAUAACAAAGCAAUCCCUUUUGUGAUAACAUUAUUUAAUUGUUACUAAAUUGAACUGGUUAAAGAAUGGCAUAGUUUUUAGGGUUAAGGGUUUAAUAAAGGCUUUGAUUAUAUUUAGCUGUAACCAAAUUCUACAGGAUUCAUAAUCUCAUAAGACAUGUUCACUAAAUCAUCAAACAUGAAGGACUGCGUCUGACGUCACGUAGAAAAACACUGCAAGUUUUCCAUGCGUUUACAUAGUAAACGUGCCAAUAAAAUGAAGGACUUCCAUUGACGUCACAGCUUUGGUGGACAGAUUCAGCAAUCCUGGUAGAGUUUAUGAUUUUUAGCUGUACCAAUUUGGUGGGCAAAUGAUUCUUUCAAUAAAUUACUUAUUUGAACUGAAGUUUCAC